GCGCRACUGAAUUGACUUUGGUUGUUCACCAAAUCAACGUUUUUGCAGGUCAUCGUCCGAGACUUCGAACGGCAUCACUUCAAUACUAAUUUUCUUAAUUCCCAAGAGAAAAGCACUUCCAGCUCAUUGUUGGGCAGUCGACAAAAAUUACAAGAAAAAUUUCCUCAUAUCCACUUAAAACCAGUGUAGCAAUUUAGAAAGUCUAAUAGAAUUAGACAUCUUCUAAUUGAAUGGUUUUUCAACGACAAGAAUURAUUGAAACUAAAAACGUCUUCAAGAGAAAUUCAGUGAAGUUGCCCGCAAAUCAGAUCGAAAAAUAACUUGGAGAAGCGAUCUUCAAUCAGAUUAUAUUUUUAUUGACUUAAAACUUUGUGACCAACAUCAAUCAUAUAGAAAAUCAUCGUUUUUAUAGUUGUGGGAUCGCCAUUUCGAAUUGUGUUCUCUGUGCGGAACUCAACUGUGAUAAAACUUCAUCAAGCACUAAAAAAUAAUUGAAACCAGAAACGUUAUGGUAUAUUGACAACGCUUCAAUAUGGAUUGCGCAAAUUUGCUUCACCAGAAUAUCAACCAAACCAACAACUCUUCGCUGUCUUCAAAUUACCAUAGAGAAAAUGCAGGAUCUGUUUCCUUUAUCAUAGUAGCGUCUAUAGGGAUUAUUGGAUGUUUUACAGCCGUUUUGGUUCUAGGAAAGGAGUUCAUCACUGGCAGGACUUCGACUUUAGUAAUAGUAGCCGCGUUAACGUGGGUGGACUUUGCUGGAGUGUUGUCUACUAGUUCUAUMGUUUUCCGGGGCCUAAUUUUGGAUAAUGGUUGGAUAGAGGAGUUUCCUCAAUGCCAGAUACAGGCAUUUUGUACUUGYGCAUCGUGUAUAUGUUCUGGUUCCAUAGUAACCUUCAUGGCAAUAGAUCGUACCGUUUCACUCUACAAACCAUUCUUCUACAAAACCGCUGCCUCACCAAAUCUUGCCCGAGCWAUCUGCAUAUCAAUUCUAUCGUUCUGCUGCCUCGUUUCCUCUCUACCGUUCAUGGGACUCGGAAGCUACGUUGCAAGUCAAAGCGCCUCGUAUGUCUGCCACUUUGAUUGGUACUCAAAUCAACCAAAAGACAAGUACUUUAUUCUUAUUCUAGGGAUACUGGCAGCGCUUGUGAUUCUUGUUAUGCUUGUGUCGAAUAUUAUAGUUUACACACUCGUAUGGAAGUUGAAGAGCAAAGUUUGCCAAAUAGUUCCUUCCGAGAUGAAAACAUCCUCAAGGAGAAAGUGCAUUGCCGCUAAGAAGGAAGAACAAAUGGCCGAGUUUGUAGCGUCUGUGUCGUUGAUAUUCCUUGUAACAUGGCUUCCUUUAACGGUGCGCUUCUACUGUCAUUUYUUCGAAGUCCUGCCGAGCCCAGCCGCCGAUCUUAUCGCGAACAAGCUUGCGGCAAGUGGUUUUGUAGCAAAUCCMUUUACGUACGUGAUUUUCAGAAGUAUCUUCAAGAGRACGUUACGGAAGAGUGUCAGCGCCGUGCAAAACAGCUUUAGCCAYAAAAUGUUCAAUAGAACACGAGUACAAGUAUUUCCAGAAAGAWUAUCGACAAUCGGACUGGGAGAUGCUUAUAAUUCAAGAAUUGUGACGGAUAUAUUGGACCCAAKAUUUGUAAACCGCAGAUCCGACGCUCUGUUAGAAUCGAUUGCGGAUGAAAGCUAGAAAAGAAAUCAUUGCUGACUUUGAUGCCUCACAUUGUCCAUUGAAAUAAGAAUUAAAAAACACACAAAACAACAACAUAAACAAACAAGCAAGAAUAAAAAAGAAAAACGAAAAUAUACAAAAGCAAAACCCGAAA